AUGGGACGUAAAAUUGUGAGGCAAUUGUGGGUGUUCACUAUUUUGCUGUUGGUUUCAAUAAACUUGUGUUGUAAUUUGGUUCAUGGGGAACCACAAGUUCCUUGUUACUUUGUCUUUGGAGACUCAUUGUCCGAUACUGGAAACAACAAUGGCCUCUUGACAUUGGCCAGAGUGAAUUAUCCACCCUAUGGCAUUGAUUUUCCAAGGGGUCCAACAGGAAGGUUUUCUAAUGGACGUAAUUUGGUUGAUGUCAUUGCUGAAUUACUAGGGUUUAGUCAUUACAUUCCACCUUUUGCUACCGCAAGAGGACUGAAAAUACUCGAAGGCGUGAAUUAUGCAUCUGGUGCAGCUGGUAUUCGUGACGAAUCUGGACGGAACCAGUUAAUCAGAAUAAGCUUCAAUCAGCAGUUGCUGAAUCACCAAAUCACAGUAAAUCGGAUUGCUUCCCUUAUGAGAAAUAAUCGUCCAUCUGCUGUGCAGUACCUGGGCAAGUGCAUAUAUACAGUUGGAAUUGGCUCCAAUGACUACAUUAAUAACUACUUCGUGCCAAGGUUAUACUCAACAAGCCGCAAAUAUACCCCAGACCAAUAUGCAGGAGUUCUUAUUCAGGAGUUUUCUGAGCAACUAAGAAGGUUGUACAAAACUGGGGCAAGAAAGAUAGCCUUAUUUGGGAUAGGUGCGAUUGGGUCUACACCCUUUGAAGUGGAUAUGUGCGGUGGCACAAACAUCAGCUCCUUAUUAUGCUCUGCUAAAAUCAACACUGCAGUCCAACUUUUCAACGAAAGGCUUAAAUCACUAGUCACUGACCUUAACACCAACCUGAUCGAUGCCAAGUUCACUUUCAUAGACUAUUUUGGGAUUGGAUUAUCCAGUGCUGCUGCAUCUGCUGGUUCUAUGGUUUCAGAUGCCCCAUGCUGUGAGGCGGAAAGUGAGACCGGCCUAUGUGUCCCUUUCAGUACCCCAUGCAAAAACAGGACCCAAUAUUCAUUUUGGGAUGCUUUCCAUCCUACUGAGAUUUCGAAUGUUGUUGUAGGACGAAGAGCAUAUAAAGCUACACUUCCUACUGAUGCUGUCCCAUAUGAUAUCAGCCACUUGGCACAUGUGUAA